CAUCACUUCGUUCCUCUCGAUACUUUGCCCAUCAUGGCAGCCGCGGAUGAUGGGAACGCCGCUGCGAUGACGCUGCAACUGCUGCAGUACAUGCGCGAGACGACAGUACCAAGUCCUAGCGUGUGGCAAGAUCGCACACUCUUCGUGAAAGAGUGGCUUCUUCUUCAAAACAGCUUGGACAAUAUUCCAGACGACGGCGCUGAAGAUCUCAUCCAUAGACAAAUCCGUCGCGGCGAUCUCUACCCUGCGACGCGCGAUCGCUGCUGGAGUCAUUUAGUGCUUGAGCUCCGAGAAGUGCCAGCGGUGAAACUGCUGUUGGAGGAUUUGCCUGAGCCUGCAGAGAAUGUCAGCCCAAGUCGCGGCAAACUCCGACCAGGCAAGGAACUUGUGGUGCUCCCGAACAAAGGCGAGGCAGUACCGUUGCUGCAGCUCCCCGAUGGUGCUGUGGAAGAUGGAGCGGAGGGUGGUGGCAGCGGUGGUGGGGACGGCUCCCAACGAAGCAAUACCAAGCCUUUGUCAAUUUCCAAGGAAAAGACAUUCUCGAGCAUGAGCAUGAUGGAACGCCAGGCGGAAUGGCUGCGCAAGAAGCAAGAAAAAGUCGACGCGGAGGAGAAGAGGCAGCGUGAAGAAAAGGAAAAGGAGCUCACGUUCAAGCCGAAUCUGCUCAAUAGACGGCAAACCAUGUCGGACAAGCCGGAGGACAAAGGCCCGAAACCUGCUUCUGUCGUCAAGCAAAAUUCGUUCAACGAAAAGAAGCUCGAGAAUGCCGCCAAGAGCGUGUCGUUCAAGGAGUCGCGCCCACAAGGCACCACAUCAGAUGCGGAAAAGCGGCCAGUGUCGCGAAGCCUUGUCGAGAAACCCAAGCAGCCCAAACCACCGAAACCUGUUCUGAAGAAGAAGAAAUCUACCGGCAAAGGGGUGGACGCGAAGCUGGAAGUCACGUCGCAUCUAUUAAACGGCAUACGAUCCGAGCUUAAAGCGUCCAAGGCCAUGACACUAGAUGGUGAUACCGGCAACGAUGACGACGACGACGAUGAUGAUCUCGAGCCUGGCGAGGAGCCCAAGGAGGACGACGACAACGUCGAAGACGAUGAAACGGCAUUGUUUCCAGGAGCCGCCGGCGACUACAAGAUCGACUUCUCCGGUAUGGAAACCAAAGCGCGUUUGGUCCUUCAAGAUGCGUCGCUGUUUGAGCUGAAUUCCAUGUAUCGCAAGACGGACAAAGCGGCCGGCCGCGAGGGUAUCGCUCUGCAAAUGGGUCGACGCGAAGACAACCACGAAGAACAAGUCGUGGCCGUGAUAUUCGACAAGGAGAAGAUCUCCGAGGCCGAUGCGCAGAAGUGGUGGCUUGAUCACAUGGCCCGAUUCUUCGAAGUCCCGCACAACAACCCUUGAACUUCACUUCAACUGAAUUUCUAAAGUGCGAUCUGUGAAGUACGAGGAACGUAUGCUUUGAUAAGUACGCAUGCAAAUACGUACUUUGUCGAGAUUU